CCGCGUGGCGGCGCUGAGGUGUCGCCGAGAGGAGCUCGGCGGCGUCUGUUGGAGCCGUUCCCUCGGUGGGCCGCCGGCGAGGGCAUGAGCGCGGACUCCCUCUGCCUCCAGAGCGGCGGGAGCGGCGAGGGGAGGAGGCGCCGCUUGGAGGCCACCGUCCAGGGCAGCGCCGGGGGAGAGCAGGGCGGGAGAUGUGCCUGUCCUUAGCGGCCCAGGAAGCAGCAUGCACCCCGAUGCCACCGACAGCAGCGGCGCCGGCCUCACGGGCGCCCCGGGCGAGCGGCGGCCGGAUUCCCGGGAGGACGCGGCAGCCCCCGGGGGCCCUGGCGGCGGGAGCUGGCGGGCGCCGGUGGCCGUGUCCGCCCUCGUCGCCGUGUCCCUCUGCUUCCUGGGGCCCGGCUGCUGGGAAGCGGGAAGCGCGGGGCCGGGCACCGUCCUGCUCAGGCUCAGCCUGUACCUGGGCUGCGCUGCGGCCGCCUUCCUGCUGGGGACCUUGUUCUCCCUGGUCUGCCGGAGCCCGCGAGCUCCGCCGCCCGACUUCGCCGCCGCCUGGAGACGGCUGGCCGCGGCCGCCCGCCGCCCGCCGGAGAGUCCUGUGUAUGGAAACUCACACGAGUCAGUUCAGUCUAGAAGGGUAGUCAUUUCUCAUAACAUGGACAAAGCUCUGAAAGAAGUGUUUGACUACAGUUACAGAGACUACAUCCUGUCCUGGUAUGGAAGCCUCAGCAGAGACGAGGGACAGCUCUACCACCUGCUUUCCGAGGACUUCUGGGAAGUUGCGAGACAGCUGCGCCACAGGCUGAGCCACGUGGACGUGGUCAGAGUUGUCUGCAAUGAUGUCGUGAGAGCUUUACUCGCUCACUUCUGUGACCUGAAGGCAGCGAACGCCAGACAUGAAGAACAGCCGAGGCCUUUUGUGUUGCAUGCAUUCUUGAGGAACUCAGAUGAUGAAGUAAGAUUUCUACAAACGUGUUCUCGGGUUCUGGUGUUUUGUCUCCUCCCCUCAAAGGAUGUCCAGUCUCUCAGCUUACGCAUAAUGCUCGCAGAAAUUCUCACAGCAAAAGUCUUAAAGCCAGUAGUGGAGUUACUUAGUAAUCCAGAUUACAUUAACCAGAUGUUGCUUGCCCAGUUGGAGCACAGAGAACAGAUGAAUGAACAUCACAAGAGAGCCUACACCUAUGCUCCCUCCUAUGAAGAGUUCAUCAAGCUUAUUAACAGCAACUCUGAUGUUGAGUUCUUGAAGCAACUAAGGUAUCAAAUUGUAGUGGAAAUAAUCCAAGCAACUACAAUUAGCAGCUUCCCCCAGCUGAAGAGGCACAAGGGUAAAGAAACUGCUGCCAUGAAGGCUGAUCUCCUGAGGGCCAGGAACAUGAAAAGGUACAUUAACCAACUGACUGUGGCAAAGAAGCAGUGUGAGAAGAGGAUCAGAAUCCUGGGAGGCCCUGCCUACAACCAGCAAGAGGAUGGGGCCUUGGAUGAGGGGGAAGGGCCUCAAAGCCAGAAGAUUCUUCAUUUCAAAGAUAUCUUGGCCAGUACUUCCUACCGAGAGCACUUUCGAACGUACAUGGAAAGGAUGGACAAGAGAGCUCUGAUGAGCUUUUGGGAGUCUGUGGAAUAUUUAAAGAAUGCUAACAAGAACGAAAUUCCACAAUUAGUUGGUGAAAUUUACCAGAAUUUCUUUGUGGAGAGCAAAGAAAUAUCUGUGGAAAAAUCACUUUACAAAGAAAUCCAGCAGUGUCUUGUAGGAAAUAAAGGAAUUGAAGUGUUCUGCAAAAUCCAGGGAGACGUUUAUGAGACGCUGAAGGAUAGGUAUUACCCUUCAUUUAUUGUCAGUGACCUGUAUGAGAAAUUGAUGAUAAAAGAGGAAGAAAAACAUGUCUCCCAGUUGAUUUCCAACAAGGAUGAAAUGGACCCAGGAGGUGAGGCUGGUGAGGAAUCUGUCGAUGAAGGCACCAGUCGGAUUAAUGAACAAACCAGUUUUGCUGUAAACAAACUACGAGAACUAAAUGAGAAACUUGACUAUAAGAGGCAAGCUCUAAAUUCUAUUCAAAAUGCACCAAAACCUGACAAGAAGAUUGUUUCUAAGUUGAAGGAGGAAAUAAUUCUAAUAGAGAAAGAACGCACAGAACUUCAGCUGCACAUGGCAAGAACAGAUUGGUGGUGUGAGAACCUCGGUAUGUGGAAAGCCUCCAUCACCAGUGGAGAGGUUACAGAAGAGAAUGGUGAACAAAUGCCCUGUUACUUUGUCAUGGUAAGCUUACAAGAAGUUGGAGGAGUUGAAACUAAGAACUGGACAGUCCCCAGAAGGCUCAGUGAGUUUCAGAAUUUACACCGGAAACUUAGUGAGUGUUUCCCUUCUUUAAAAAAAGUCCAGUUGCCUUCUCUUAGCAAGCUGCCUUUCAAAUCUGUAGAUCAAAAGUUUAUGGAAAAGUCAAAGAAUCAAUUAAAUAAGUUUUUACAGAGUCUGCUUUCAGAUGAAAGACUGUGUCAGAGUGAAGCACUUUAUGCCUUUUUGAGCCCUUCUCCUGACUACCUCAAGGUUAUUGACGUGCAGGGGAAAAAAGCCACUUUUUCAUUGUCCUCAUUUCUGGAAAGACUCCCUCGCGACUUCUUCUCCCAUCAGGAGGAGGAGGCAGAGGAGGACAGUGACCUGUCAGAUUAUGGUGAUGACAUGGAUGGAAGGAAAGACUCCUUGGCUGAACCAUGUUUCAUGCUGAUUGGGGAGAUUUUUGAACUUCGAGGAAUGUUUAAAUGGGUGAGAAGAACAUUAAUUGCUCUCGUUCAGGUCACUUUCGGAAGAACCAUCAACAAACAAAUCCGGGACGCAGUGGACUGGGCCGUCAGCGAGCAGAUGGUGGUCUGCUACAUCGGCGCUCUCCGCGAUGCUCUGUGGCCCGCUGGGAAUUUGGCGCCUCCGAACACAAUCCCAAGCGAAGAACAAAGCCAGGAAACAAAGCGGAGAGCACAGCAGAAGCUGCUUGAAAACAUUCCAGAUAUGCUUCAGAGCCUUGUUGGACAGCAAAAUGCCCGUCAUGGUAUAAUAAAAAUAUUCAACGCACUGCAAGAAACGAGAGCCAAUAAGCAUCUGUUAUAUGUGCUGAUGGAACUGCUGCUAAUUGAAUUGUGUCCUGAGCUGAGAACUCAUUUAGAUGAACUUAAAGCUUGUCAGGUUUGAGACUACACAAAUAAACCACCCGAGAAAUGUCUGUAAUAAUAGACAUGAAACAUUUUCCUCUUUUCCACAGAGGGCUUGACUGAGAACCAUACUGAUCUUUUAGUUACCUCCCUCUAGUUUUAUGUGAAUUAAGCAGAACUGGGGGGGGGGGGGG